UGGGGCGGCAUCACAUGCGUCGUGCGGGCACAAGCUUGGCGGUGUUGGCCGUAGCCGAGGCCGACGCCAACUCAAACGGCAUACCAGUGGACUCCCCACCCCUAUCAAAAUGCACAGCAAAUACCAGCCCAAGUCCAUCACCGACUGUUCCGUCCGUCUGGCUGUCCAAGGUUGCCCGCGCCCGAGCAGUGUUUGCAUACAGAUUUGACACGGUGCUGUGCACUGUGCGAGGGCAAGUGGCGCUGCUGGUGCUGACGGGCCUGUGCUUGGACGUGGCCAUGGCUCCCAUCGCCAUCUACAUGUCUCCACAAUCGUACUCGAGCGCGAUCUACCAGACUAUUUUGGACAUUUUGGACCCCAAGUCCAGCAGCGACGACUUUGCCGUGUGGCCAUCCGAGGUCGUGGUGUGGACGACGCGAUUCCUCGGUCUCGUCGAGUUCAUGUCUGGGUUUAUCUACUUGAACGUGGUCGUGGGGUUUGUCGUCGACUUGAUUUUGAGCAAAAUGGACGCGCUCAAGCAAGGCAAGAUGGGCAUUGUCGAGUGCAACCACACGCUCGUGCUCGGGUGGAACGACAUGUGCUUGAGCUUUUUGCAUCAAAUCUGCCUUGCCAACGCCAGCGAAGGCGGCGGCGUGAUCGUCGUGCUGUGCGACCGCCCCCGCCACGACGUCGAGCGACAAAUCCAAGACGCGCUGCCGGAUACGAUCAAAUCGACCAUCGUCGUGAGCCACGGCAACCCCCUUAUGGCCGCAGACUUGAACCGCGUGUCGGCGUCCCUCGCCCGAAGCAUCACGAUCAUGGCCACAGACACGCGCACGGACGUGUCGGACGCCGCGGUGCUUCGAACGCUCUUGACCAUCCAAAGCCUUCGCGACGGGGUGCGCGGGCACGUCGUCGCAGAUGUCGGGGACACGGACAACAACAUGCUCAUGAAAGUCGUAUCGGCCAUGUCGGAUGUGGUCGUGGAAACGAUCAUGACCCAUCAAGUGCUCGGUCGUCUCAUCGUCAUGUGCUCUCGGUCUCCGUCGUUGGCGAAUGUGUAUGGGGAGUUGCUCGGGUUUGACGGCAACGAAUUUUAUGCGCAGGCGUGGCCUGACUUGGAAGGACUGACGUUUGGUCAGUUGGCCGACCGGUUUGCCGACGCAAUCCCCAUUGGCGUCAAAUCCAGUGACGGCAAAGUGCACUUGCGGCCGCCGCGAUCGCGAAAAGUCAAACACGGGGAUGAGAUCAUCGUGUUGGCCGAGGACAACGACACAUACAAGCCUAGCAACGCCUCGUUAGCAAAAUACAACCCCGUGGUGACUCUGGUCAAGGCCCCAACCAAAGCGUCACCUCCUAGCCGCAUGUUGCUGUGUGGGUGGCGGCGGGAGCUGCGCGAUAUCUUACGCCUCUUGGAUGGAAUCUCGUCGCCCAACACAGAAGUGCAUUUGGUGAACGCCACACCGGUGGCCAAGCGGCUCGCGGAUCUGCAGGAUGAAGGGCUGGACGUGGCCGAGUUCCGAAGGAUCAAACUUACGCACACAGUGGCUAACACGGCAUCCAAGCGGCACAUUGAAGAGCUCGUGAUGCGGUCGUUCCAUUGCAUGCUGGUCCUGAGUGACGGCGACCGCGAAGACGACAGCCUCUGCUCCGAUUCGCACGUCCUCGCGACCGUGUUGCGGUUACGCGCGGUCGAGUUGAGUCAGUAUGCGCAAAUGCCGCUGCAUCGCCUGUCGCUGACGUCGACGCACGGCAAGGCGUCGGCGAAACGGACGGCCACGAGCGUCCCGUUGAAUCGACGGACGCAUUGCGUGGCUGAAAUCCUAGACACGAGGACGCAAAAGACCCUCCGACACAACAAAAGUCUCACGCACAAUGCUGAUUUUAUUCCGUCCAACGAUUUUAUUAGCCGCAUGCUGGCCAUGGUGUCGGAAAGCCGGUGGGUGGCCAGCAUUCUCAACGCACUGCUGGGCGACCACGGCCUGAGUUUGGACGUGGUGCCGGCGUCGCGUUACGCCACGUUCGCCGAAGCCGCGAGCUUUGCCGAAUUAUCCCACCGUGCAAGCAGCGUGUACGGGGACAUUGUGUGCGGGUUUGUGCACAAAGGAACGCUGGGGGUGACCCUCAAUCCCCCCGACAAGCAAGCGGUGCAAACGUGGGACGACAAUCGCGACUUGAUUGUAUUGCGGGAAUCCAUACAACAGCCUAAAGUGUUGGACCGGGUUGCAAAGUCUCGGCUGCAGCGCCAAGCGGUGCGGGCGUUCAAGGCAGCGAACGGCGCGACGCUGACAGAUCCGUACUUGGUGGAAGUGGCCCGACAGCGGACGGCGUUGAUGCAAGCCCAACAGGUGCUAAAACCUGAUGGCGACGACGACGACGACGACGAACAUGAUGACAACAUGGUCGAGAGCAUCGAGUUCAACAAGCCUAGGGGGAAAAGCCCCAAGUCCCCAAAGCACCCCCAUUGGACAUGGGACGCCCACCAGCAACCCAGCACACUCACAAAAUAUGUUCAUGGGGGACCAACGAACGGGGACGAUCAGGUCCAGAGCUUUAGCCCAAGCAUUCGAGCGGCGUUGCGAGCUGGCCUUGAUGACGUCGGGGGGCUGCUCGAGUCGUUGGCCUUAGUACACACUCACCCAGCGAAAGCCACCCAUGUCGUCUUAUGA